AUGACAAAUUUGCAGGUUGGAAAAAGCCGUCAAUUCAUAAGUCCGAUUCAAGCAAAUCCAUUCGAUUUAUGUUUCAAAAGUGACUGUCAUCCGGAUGCAACGUGCACUUCCAGCGCUACAGGCUAUACUAAUUUAUGGCACAUUUGCAGAUGUAAAUGUCCGGACACAUAUCGUGACUUGAAUCCAUCGCAUCCAGGGCGAGAAUGUGUGAACACGGUAGGCGUGAACGAAUGCGAGCGAAAAGAAUGGAAUGAAUGUGACGAAAAUGCUCGUUGUAUCGAUGAGGUUCAUCUUUACAGGUGUGAAUGCAUAAAACCGUAUGUAAACGCAGCCCCUCCUGGCAAACUGCCGGGCUCAAAAUGCCGCCUCGAUUACUGUUCCGAUGCUGUUUGCGUUUGUAAGCCCGGUUAUGUGGAUAUACGCGAUAGCCCGUAUCGUACCGAGCAUUAUGCGGAGAACGUGUACUGUCUGCUACUGAAAGACGUUGACGAAUGUGCGCUGGGACUAACAAACUGCAGUGCGGUGGCUAUCUGUACCGAUCUUCCAAAUGGAUAUGAAUGUCGAUGUCCGGAUGGGUACGUGGACGGUAGCCCAUCGGAGCCGGGACGUGUAUGUGCUGCACAACUCUGCGGUCUUUGCAAUGGUCAUGGCGAUUGUGUGUACAACGAAGCGACAAAGAAUGUAACAUGCUCGUGUGUUGAGGGAUACACCGGCGAAUUUUGCGAGAUAGCACCCUCAAAUGUACAUCUCAUAUUGUGUUUCGGUGGACGACGAGGGCUGACACCAAGUGACGGAAGUGCCCAGGAGAUCCUCGGCUCUGAUUAUUAUUCGAUUCCACGAGCAAAACUCAAAAGACGUGAUGUAAGUUCAAGAUUCGCAUUUAAGUCAAUUUCACACUUUGCACAUCUGAAUUUAUAUCGUAAUCGCAUAAUAAAUAUUUAA